UAAUAAUGGAGUCUUUUCAGGAACUAUCAACCAGUUCUUGUGGACCUUUUUCAGUUCAGGAACCAUCAACUAGUGCAAGUUCAACACCAACUUCUCAGAAGAAACGCCCUAUAACUAUUAAACCAUACUACUCUCUGCGGUAUACACUCACUGGACACACCAUGGCUGUAUCCACAGUAAAAUUUAGUCCUAAUGGAAAUUGGCUCGUUAGUUCAUCUGCCGAUAAAAGCAUGAGAAUUUGGGGAGCUUGUGAAAAAACUAUUCAAGGACAUCGCUUAGGAAUUUCAGACGUAGCAUGGUCUAGUGAUAGUACACGAUUAGUUUCUGCAUCCGAUGAUAAAACUUUGAAAAUUUGGAGCCUCAGUACGUCUAAAUGCUUAAAAAUUCUACGAGGUCAUCGGAAUUACAUUUUUUGUUGUAAUUUCAAUCCUCAAGGUGACCGUAUUGUUUCCGGCUCAUUUGAUACAACUGUUAAAAUUUGGAAUAUUGAAACAGGGAAGUGUGUGAAAACAUUAUUAGCUCACACUGACCCUGUAACCGCUGUUGAAUUUAACAGAGAUGGAAGCUUCAUUAUAUCUAGCGGCUAUGAUGGAAUAUGUCGUAUAUGGAAUGCCGCAACUGGACGUCCUUUACAAACUCUUGUUGAAAGGGAUGAAAAUGAUAUUGUAAUACCGAUAUCAUUUGUUAAGUUUUCUUCUAACUCAAAAUUUAUUCUUGCCGCAAACUUGAACAGUACUAUCAAGCUGUGGGAUUAUAGCAGAGCAAAAGCUCGGAAAACUUAUACAGGUCAUACUAAUGAGAAAUACUGCCUAUUCGCUAGUAUUUCAGUCACAGGCGAGAAGUGGAUUGUUUCCGGGUCAGAAGAUAACUUAGUUUACAUUUGGAAUUUACAAACGAAAGAACUCGUUCAAAAACUUGAAGGACAUAAAGAUGUGAUAAUUUCUACGUCAUGUCACCCAACCCGUAAUAUUAUUGCUUCAGCUGCUCUAGAAGGUGAUAAAACAAUAAAAUUAUGGACAAGUGAUGUGUAGAUUAUUCAAUUAAAAAAAAUUAUUAAUGUUAUAAAU